GGAGCCCAGUUGAUAGGGAAGCCGCAGCACAGUGGAGCCCAGUUGAUGGGGGAGCAGCACAGUGGAGCCCAGUUGAUGGGGGAGCAGCACAGUGGAGCCCAGAGCGUUGCUGGAGACCUGUCACUGCCACAUUUCACCCAGAGGCUGAAGAGCCAGGAGGUGGCAGAGGGACACCCCAUCCGACUGGAGUGCAGGGUAGCAGGAAACCCUCAGCCGCUGGUCAGGUGGUUCUGUGAGGGGUGGGAGCUGCACCACUGUCCUGACAUCCAGAUCUGGAGGGAUGGUGACCUUCACACGCUGGUGAUCGCUGAGGCCUUCGAGGACGACACGGGACGCUACACCUGUGUGGCCUCCAACAGCCUGGGAGCUGACAACACCUCGGCAGAGGUCUACAUCCAGGGUGCUUCAUCCUCAGACUCAGAAGGAGAAGGAUCUGUGUCAAAGUCCAGAUCAGGAGCCAUGCCUCAGGUCCAGAAGAAGACGACUUCAAUCUCCCUGUCCAUUCGUUCACCUUCACCCAAGAGCCCUGAGGCCGUACCUCACCGCUCCACACUGGUCCUAUCUGCACCCCCACACCGGAUGCAGAGUCCAGUUUCUUCACUGUAUGGAGGUGAUGGUCCUCUUACAGCGCCCCCUAUCUUUACCAAGCUCUUACAGGAUGCCCAGGCGUCAGAGGGUCAGGUGGUUGUGUUGGAGUGCAGGGUUCGAGGCAGCUUUCCUCUGCAGGUCCAGUGGUUCAGACAGGGACAGGUCAUCCAGGACUCUCCAGACUUCCGCAUCCUGCAGAAAAAGCCACGGUCUGCAGCAGAGCCAGAGGAGAUAUGUACACUGGUGAUAGCAGAGGCCUUCCCAGAGGAUGGAGGACAGUUCUGCUGCACUGCAACCAACCUUUACGGCUCCGUCAGCAGCACAGCCCAACUCGCUGUCACCGGAGAGGCCUUCAACACUCCCACAGCGGUGUACGACUCGGUCAGGAAUGGUGUGGCGUCCAGCGACGACUCUGUCUUUGAGGACACCCAGGCCUUCCCCCCUCCCCCACCCACAGAGAUCAGCCUAUUGGAGGUGCCACCCAAGAUCCCACCCAGUACCAGCGCAGAGGGUUUCCACGUCAACGAGCUGGAGAUCUGGCCCAGCAUGUCGGGCCUGCAGCCUGUCAACAUGUACCACGACGUGGAGGGUCAGGACCGGGCCAACUGGGACCUGCAGAAUGGCAGGCCCGCCAGCCCACCUCAGCCCUCCUUCAGCCUGCCUCCAUCAGAGGCCCAGCCAGACUUCCCAGGCCCAACCAAGAUGUCGCCGCUCCUGGUGAAGGAAGGUCCUCCGCUGCCCACCAAGCCCAAACUAGCGGAGGGUAUAGAGGAGGAGACAGAAUGUGACAGGAAUGCAGAACAGUUGAAGCAGCUGCAGGAUCAGAUUCUAUUGGAACAGCAGGAAGCAGCCAAUUGGAUCCAACAUCAGGAGCAAGAGCUGGAAGUCCCACCUCUGCCACAGCAACCCCAGGAAGUGCCCUCUCCGCCCUCUCCUCCUCUUCCUCCUCCUCCCUCCUUCCAGGAGCUGGAGAGCAGCGCCAUGCAGACCAGCACUUUCAACUACGCCCGGCCAAAGCAGUUCAUUGCUGCCCAGAGCCCUGGGGGGACUGGCCCCGUGGGGGGCUAUGUCACCCAGUCCUCGGGGUCCUCUGGUUCCAGCCUGCCCUCACCCCUCUCCCCACCCACCUCACAAAAACCCUUCACCAGGGUUGUCCUGCCUCCCUUCAGUAAGUGCAGCAGCAUUGCGUCUCAGUCCCCUUCCUCUCCCUCCUUCCCACCUCCACCUCCUCCCUUCCUCAGCAGCAGCAUUUCAUCCUCGUCAGGCCCCGCCAAAGACUUCCCUCCCCCCCCUCCCCCCCCUCCUCCACCCGUCUCUUCGGCUCCCCCCUUCUCCCCCGCCCACUCCAACAGCUCCUCCCCCUUCACCUCCAUGCCCCAAUCACCUGCUGGCUUCCUGGCCUCUGUCCUUCCAGCCACACCCACUAGCCCGUCCUUCAACGCCGCCCUGGGCCUGCCUAAAGCGAAUGGGACUAUUGCAUUCCCCCGGAAGCAGUCCAGAGGAACCCCACGCCUGGCCUCAGACUCUGACAUCCAGGGAACCAAGGAUGCUGUCAUUCAGGACCUGGAGAGGAAGCUACGAUUCAAGGAGGAGCGCAUGAGCAACGGACAACAGAGGUUAACCUAUGAGGAGAAGAUGGCUCGCAGGCUGCUGGGGGCAGACAACGCCGCCACAGUGCUAAACACACAGCAGCAGGACGAGGAGCCAGCUACACAGGAUUCCAGUUCAUCUGAUAUAGAAUCUGUCCCUCAAAAGGAGUACAAGGUGUCCAGCUUCGAGCAGCGCCUGAUCAGUGAGAUCGAGUUCCGUCUGGAGCGCUCUCCAGUGGAGGAGUCUGACGAUGAUGUGCAGCAUGACGAGGAUGCCACCGGCACCGGGGUGGUGCCCUUCUUCGACAGCAAGCUCAAACACUACAAGGUGUUCGAGGGCAUGCCCGUUACCUUCUCCUGCAAGAUCAUCGGAGACCCCAAGCCAAAGAUCUACUGGUUUAAGGAUGGGAAGCAGAUCUCUAAGAGGAGUGAACACUACAGGAUCAGCCGCGACGCUGACGGAACCUGCAACCUCCACACCGCCGCUGCCUCAUUGGACGAUGACGGCAACUACACCAUUAUGGCUGGUAACCCCGAGGGGAGGGUGAGCUGUACUGGCAGGAUGAUGGUCCAGGCAGUGAACCAGAGGGGGAGGAGCCAGCGCUCUACACCUGGACACAUCCGCAGACCUAGGUCUCGGUCCAGAGACAGUGGUGAUGAGAACGAGAACAUCCAGGAGCGUCACUUCCGCCCCCACUUCCUGCAGGCGCCCGGUGACCUCAUCGUCCAGGAGGGCAGGCUCUGCCGGAUGGACUGCAAGGUGAGUGGCUUGCCCACACCAGACCUGAUCUGGCAGCUGAAUGGUCAGACCAUCCGUCCUGACUCUGCCCACAAGAUGCUGGUGAGGGAGAAUGGCGUCCACUCGCUGGUCAUCGAGCCCGUGUCCAGCCGUGAUGCAGGCAUCUACACCUGCAUCGCUAGCAACCGCGCCGGACAGAACUCCUUCAACCUGGAACUCAUUGUAGCAGCCAAAGAGAUGCACAAGGCCCCUUCGUUCAUCGAGAAGCUGCAGAACACUGGCGUUGCCGAGGGUUAUCCGGUGCGUCUGGAAUGCCGUGUGUCGGCUGUUCCCUACCCACAGAUCUUCUGGAAGAAAGAGAAUGAGUCUUUCACGCACAACACAGACAGGAUAAGCAUGCACCAGGACAACUGUGGCUACCUGUGUAUGAUCAUCCAGCCAGCCAUGAAGGAGGACGCUGGCUGGUACACCGUGUCAGCCAAGAACGAGGCUGGCAUUGUGUCCAGCACUGCACGACUCGAUGUCCACACUCAGUGGCAGCAGCCCAACACUCCCAAGCCUAAGAAGGUGCGUCCGUCGACGAGUCGUUACGCAGCACUGACAGAGAGAGGACUGGACGUGAAGGCAGCCUUCUUCCCUGACUCCAGCCCCCUGCAGCCGGGAGGCCUGGUGGAGAGUGAUGACCUGUAGAGACCAGUGGGGGCACCACAUGCCCAAAAAACUCCCUAAUGUAAUGCCUUAAAACUGACCCCCUGACCCCAGUACCACCAGCACCAGCUGAGGUGUUUUACGACAAGGCCACAGAUACGAUUCUGGAAGAUGGAUGAUGGGCAAUGUGACACCCCAUAAUGUCUCAGUGUCAAUCAAACAUGGAUCCCAACUUAGGAUCAGAUGGUUCCAUUUUAUCAACCAUAUAAGCAGAGGAAUCUACCCUGAGCGGCCAUUGAAGUUUAUUUUCGAUCCUAACACUGCCAUAACCACACAAAAGUGGGUUCACCUCUUAAGUGUCUGAGAUGUCUCACAUGAUCACUUUGUAAAAAUUAUAAUUGAAGGUUAAAAAUUGAAGUUGAAAGUAGCAUUAUUAUGCAUGUUACAAUGGUGGCAUUGGUAAUACUCUAUCUAAAUGGAGGACGUUUUAUGAAAUACUCCCCCAACAAAGGCACCAAAUUGUAGGGGCAGAGAUACUUUGGACGCAAUGGAUUUGCAAUGGAAAGUGAUGGAAAGUCCAAAGCAUUGGAGCAGCACGUCAUGUUUCCCUGGACUGUUGAGUGACAAUGGAGAGACCCCAAAACACACAGUUGUUAUGUUAUAUGGGUAUCACAGCAUAGUCUGAGUAAUAUAGCACAAUAUGGAUAUCAGCAGUGUCUGUUUCUUUUGUUAUAAAUAGCACAAUACCCUAGAUAUCAGCAUUGUCGAGUUCAACAUUUAGCAUAAUUACCAUAGAUAAUGCACAAGGCCGGGCCUUACAUACUUUUCACUUCUGUUUUUUUGUCAGGUCAAAUGAUGUUGGACGUUAAAUCUGUUUAGUAACUUUAGAUGAGUUGUGAAAAAGAGAAUGUUGGCUGAAUGAUGCAGACUCCGUUGAGAGCUUUGUGUUACCAUAGUAACUUCAGUGAUUGAUUGAUGGAAAGAGAGGUCCGUGACAUGCUAGGAGGUACUGGCAUGUGAAGGUUGACUGUAACAGGGACAGGAUGAGGGGUUAUCCUGGGCCAGGAGGCCCACAAGAUCUGCCUCAGCCCAGUGACAACAGUCACUUCAACGCUUGUGAACUGUGUGAUCCGUGAGUAGGAGUCGUCAAGGACAGAAGAAAGCACGUUUUUCAGAAUGGAAUUCAGUUUGAGAAGAUGACAAAGCAAUGGAUUAUGUUGAUGAUGAUGAAAUGAUGAUGGUGUUGAUGAUUAUGAAAAUGAUGGUUAUGACAGAUUCUGGAGAUCAUUUAUUUCCUUUGAUGGUUUAAGUUUAAAAUCUUCACAAACACACGAGACAGUCCUAAAAAUGGCUUCAGUGGAUUGAUCACACACUACAGAUGGUCUGCUUUAUUUUUGUAUGAGAAAAAAAAACUCUGUAUUUACUUUCCCAAGAAACUUUACAUAAAUUAUAUUAGUGAUUUAUUUUCUCAAAUGUUCAAUGAAAAAACAUAAUCCUGUCUGUAUUAAAAUAUCAUACUUUUUGAAACUAUAUAUUGCCUUAAAAGAUCACUUGGGCCUAUUUCAAUCACAAUAUCUGUCCAUAUUUUUCUGAGGCACUUAUACGAAACGACAAGUAUUCUUGACAAUUAUAAACUGUUUAGAAGGGGGAAUAUUUGCACAGAAUUGCAUUGAAAUAAGUAAUUAUAUAUUUUCUCUCACUACUGUAUUACCAAAUGGGCAUCUUUUGCUGUAUCUGUUCAGAUCAUGUUUCAUCCUGCCAUUACUGUGGUCACUCACACAAACAUAUAGGACACCUUUUUGAUUUAUAUGCCAAUCUGUGCCUGUAUAUGGAAUGUUCUCCUGAUAUUAUCUUAGUUUUUGAAAGAUAAUAAAAAUCAAAGUCUGGA